AUGUGGUUUGAUAUUCUCCCUGGAGUCGCCAUCUUGGGCGGGUGCUUGAUCAUUCCUGGAGUGGCCACUGUAUACAUCUACAAGUUCACCAUCAGGAGCAAGAUCAAAAGGGGUGCCCAUUAUCCAUAUCAGUGGAGCUUGCUGGAAAGAGACAGGCGCAUCUCUGGAGUUAAUCGUUACUAUGUGUCAAAGGGUUUGGAAAACAUUGAUUAA